AAGAAUCAACCGUUACUUCCUAAUAAGAUAUCGAAAAAAUCAACGGAAGAAUUGUGGCAUAUUGGCAGGACCCUCUUCUGUGCAUCCUAAUCAACAGUGUUUAAGGUGAAGAAGAAUCAACUUGGUGUUCAGACCACGACAGGGGUGACAGUAUCUUUGUGAGUCAUCUAAUUGUCUCGCCGAGUAUAAAGCAGUGCAGCCACUUCGGAGUUCAUCAACUAUAGGCCCUCUUACCUACCUUUGAACUGCAAUGGCCUCUUCUCCCUCUUCACUCUACAUUGUCAAUCGCAAUUACUCUUCUUGGUCUCUGCGAGCCUGGCUUGCUGUUCGCUUCGUGAACUAUCCCUGUGAAGUUAACUGCCUCUACCUUGAUCAAGAUCAUGACUUUGGCACACCUCAAGCCAAAGAGAUCUUGAAGCAAGCUGGACCAACCGGCAAAGUGCCUACCUUACACACAUACUUGGAUGGAGAAAAGAUCAUUAUCUUUGAGUCUCUGGCUAUUAUGGAAUUUUUGGCUGAAGACUAUCCACAGCUAUGGCCUAGUGGUAAAGCAGACCGAGCACUGGCAAGGGCUGUUUCAGCCGAAAUGGCUUCGUCUUUCGGUUCCCUGCGUGGUAACUACCCUAUGAAUCUCCGAGCUAGCUACCCAUUUGUUAAGAGCUACUACGAAGCUACUCCUGGGAUCGCGCGCGACCUGGCAAGAAUCACUAGCAUCUUCGUCACUUGUCGUGAACGAGUCCAGUCGCGGGACGACCUCAAGAAAAUUGAUGAAGGAUUCCUAUUUGGAGCGUUCACUGCUGCGGACGCCAUGUACGCCCCGGUAUGCUUCCGUAUCAAGUCAAUGUCAUUGCCUAUCUCAGACCCAGUAGCCAAUGAAUACAUUGAAACACUUUGUAAUUACGGAAUUGUUCAGGAAUGGGUAAAGGAAGCUGCCAAAGAAACGCAGAUUUUGCCUAGUGACGAAGUUCAAUUUCCUUCAGAGUAAAUAAUAUACAAUAGACGGGCAGCGGUACUAAAUAAAAAAUAAUCAACAUGUCAAUGCAAUACAUGCUAUAUAUCCUACUUAGACUGCCAAGAACGAUUUCAAAAUAGUUGAUUGUCA